GCUUCCAAGAGUCGUUUCGUUGUGGGAUCUCAUGUCUGGGUCGAGGACCCAGAUGAGGCUUGGAUGGAUGGCCUGGUAGAGGAGAUCAAUGAAAAUGAUCUCGUAGUAAACUGCACUUCUGGCAAGAAGGUCACCAUUAAUGUGGGAAGUGCCUAUCCUAAGGAUACAGAAUCUCCCCGAGGUGGUGUGGAGGAUAUGACAAGGCUAGCUUAUUUGCAUGAGCCAGGAGUACUCCAAAAUCUAAAGUCCAGAUAUGCACUCAAUGAAAUAUAUACUUAUACUGGGAAUAUUUUAAUAGCUGUCAAUCCAUUUCAAAGGCUUCCUCACCUCUACAACAAUCACAUGAUGGGAAUUUACAAAGGAGCUGAAUUUGGUGAGCUGGGUCCCCAUCCAUUUGCUAUCGCAGAUCGUUCGUAUAGACUUAUGAUCAAUAAUCGUAUCAGCCAAGCAAUUUUAGUAAGUGGAGAGAGUGGAGCUGGCAAGACAGAAAGCACUAAAAUGCUUAUGCAGUAUCUUGCAUUUAUGGGUGGCAAAGCUCAGGCUGAAGGGAGGUCAGUGCAGCAACAAAUUCUGGAGUCCAACCCUGUUCUUGAGGCAUUUGGCAAUGCAAAAACAGUCAGGAACAACAAUUCAAGUCGUUUUGGCAAAUUUGUUGAGAUUCAAUUUGAUGACAAUGGGAAGAUUUCAGGAGCUGCCAUAAGGACUUAUCUUCUAGAAAGGUCACGUGUUUGUCAAAUAUCUGACCCAGAAAGAAACUAUCACUGCUUUUACAUGCUAUGUGCUGCACCUUCAGAGGAUUGCAAGAAAUAUAAAUUGGGAGAAGCCAAAACAUUUCACUAUCUUAAUCAAUCUAAUUGUAUUGAACUUGAUGGGUUGGAUGACUCCAAAGAAUACACGGAUACCAGAAGGGCUAUGAGUAUUGUGGGUAUUAGUUCUGAUGAACAGGAUGCGAUAUUCAGAGUUGUAGCUGCUAUUCUUCAUUUGGGAAAUGUGGAGUUUGCAGAAGGAAGCGAAGCAGAUUCUUCUAUGCCUAAGGAUGAGAAAUCCCAAUUCCAUCUUAGGACAGCAGCUGAACUUUUCAUGUGUGAUGAAAAGGGUCUCGAGGAAUCAUUGUGUAAGCGUGUUAUGGCAACACGUGGGGAGAGUAUCACAAAAAAUUUAGAUCCACGAGCUGCAGCUCUUAGUAGAGAUGCAUUAUCUAGGAUUGUUUAUUCACGUUUGUUUGAUUGGCUUGUAAAUAAAAUCAAUAGUUCAAUUGGUCAAGAUCCCGAUUCAAAGAUUUUGAUUGGUGUACUGGACAUUUAUGGUUUUGAAAGUUUCAAGACAAACAGCUUUGAGCAAUUCUGUAUCAAUCUAACCAAUGAGAAGCUUCAACAACAUUUUAACCAGCAUGUGUUUAAGAUGGAACAAGAAGAAUAUACAAAAGAAGAAAUUGAUUGGAGUUACAUCCAAUUUGUAGAUAACCAAGAAAUUCUUGAUCUCAUUGAGAAGAAACCGGGAGGGAUAAUUGCUCUACUGGAUGAGACAUGCAUGUUGCGGAAUUCGACCCAUGAAACAUUUGCUGAGAAGCUAUAUCAAAAAUUUAAAGACAACCCUCACUUCAGUAAACCAAAAUUUUCACGAUCUGAUUUCACAAUUCAUCAUUAUGCUGGAAAUGUCACUUAUCAAACAGAUCUUUUCCUAGAUAAAAAUAUAGAUUAUGCUGUAAAUGAACACCAAAUCUUGCUAAAUGCUUCAAAAUGUUCUUUUGUUUCAAGUCUUUUUCCACCUUGUGAAGAAUCAACAAAAUCAACUAAAUUUUCUUCAAUAGGAUCAAGUUUCAAGCAACAACUACAAUCUUUGUUGGAAACUCUAAGUGCUAUAGAACCACACUACAUCCGUUGCAUAAAACCCAAUAAUGUUCUCAAGCCAGCAAUAUUUGAGAACAGUAAUGUUCUCCAGCAACUUCGAUGUGGGGGAGUUUUAGAAGCAAUAAGGAUAAGUUGUUUAGGAUACCCUACGAGGCGGACAUUUUUUGAAUUCAUUAAUCGCUUUGGUAUUUUGCAACCCAAAGUUCUAGGUCGAAGUCAUGAUGAAGUAGCUGCUACUAAGAUGCUUCUUGGGAAAGCCAAUCUUACAGGCUAUCAGAUAGGGAAAACAAAAGUGUUCCUCCGUGCAGGUCAAAUGGCUGAAUUAGAUGCUCUCAGAACUGAGAUUUUGGGACUAUCAGCUAAAAAGAUACAAACCAAAGUUCGAUCGCAUGUGGCUCGUAAAAAAUAUGUCAUGUUGCAACAUUUUGCUACACAACUCCAGGCAGUAUGCAGGGGUACAAUCGCAAGAUGGCGGUAUGAAACUAUGCGUAGAGAGGCAGCUUCAUUGAAAAUUCAGACAUGCUACCGUAAACACUGUGCAAGGAAAACAUAUAAAGAGAUUUGUUCCGCGUCAACUACUAUCCAAUCUGGUUUACGUGGUAUGGCUGCUAGACACAAACUCCAUUUCUAUCGGCAAACAAAAGCUGCAGUUAUUAUUCAGAGUCAUUGUCGUUGCUACUUAGUGCUCUCAAAUUACAAAAGGAUGAUGAAAGCCAUAAUAACAACUCAAUGUGCAUGGAGAGGAAGAGUGGCUAGAAGAGAACUUCGAGAAUUGAAAGUGGCUGCAAAGGAAACUGGUGCUCUACAAGCUGCAAAGAGUAAACUAGAGAAGGAAGUUGAGGAGCUCACUUGGCGGCUACAAUUGGAGAAACGCAUCAGAGCGGAUGUAGAAGAAGCCAAGGCACAAGAAAACAAGAAGCUCCAGUUACAAUUGCAGGACUUACAAAUGCAAUUGAAUGAUACAAAAGAAUUAUUAAAAAGGGAAAAGGAAUCUACUAAGGCGGAAAUGGAGAAAACUUUGGUGCCAGAAAUUUGUGUUGAUACAACUCAAGUCAAUGAGCUCACUGCUGAAAAUAAUAGGCUUAAGGCACUAGUGGUCUCUCUUGAAACAAAUAUUGAAGAAAUGAAACAGAAGUUUGGAGAAACAGAUAACGUGAGGGAUGAGUGGUGCAAGAAAGCUACAGAUGCAGAAUCACAAAUUAACGAGUUAAAAAGCAUGAUGCAAAGCCUUCAAGAAAAGCUGAAUAGCACAGAAGCAGAAAACCAUGUUCUCCGGCAGCAGGCCAUGAGAACAAGACCUGAUAAUAUGCCUUUGCUUAACAUGCAUCGAAAAUCUAAUCUGGCUAACGGUAGCCUUCCUGGUGAUGAACAGACACCUCAUGGAACAUCAAUGGAAUAUGGAAGGACAUCCUAUAUUGAAAGGCAACAAGAGAGUGUUGAAGCACUGAUAAAUUGUGUUGUUGAAAAUGUUGGAUUUAGUGAAGGAAAGCCAGUUGCUGCAGUUACUAUAUACAAAUGUCUUCUUCAUUGGAGAACUUUUGAGGCAGAAAAAACAAAUGUUUUUGAUCGCCUUAUUCAGAUUUUUGGUUCUGCAAUGCAGAAACAAGAAAGCAACGCUGAUCUUGCAUACUGGCUAUCAAAUUCAUCAUCUUUGUUGAUAAUACUACAAAAGAGUCUCAAACCUGUUGGCUCAUCAGUAACAACCCCGCUAAAAAGAACACAGACGCAGACGUCAUUUCUUGGUAGAAUGGUAUUUCGUGCUUCAAACAUUACUGUUGACAUGGAUCUUGUGCGCCAAGUUGAGGCCAAGUAUCCUGCAUUUCUUUUUAAGCAACAACUUACAGCUUUUGUGGAAGGCUUAUAUGGAAUGAUCCGUGAUAAUGUGAAGAGAGAUAUAUCUUCAGUACUCACACUUAUUAUUCAGACACCAAGAAGUGCCAAAGCUGGUUUAUUAACAGAUCAAGGUAACAAUUGGCAAGCAAUAGUCAAUCAUUUGAAUGACCUCCUGAAAACCUUACAAGAAAAUUGUGUCCCAUCAAUUUUUGCUCGGAAGAUAUUUACGCAAAUAUUCUCAUUCAUCAACGCUCAACUCUUCAAUAGCCUUCUUGUACGCCGAGAGUGUUGUUCCUUCAGCAAUGGAGAAUAUGUAAAACAAGGGCUGCAAGAACUGGAAGCAUGGUGUACACAAGCCAAGCCAGAGUAUGCAGGAUCUGCGUGGGAUGAACUUAAGCAUAUAAGCCAGGCUGUUGGUUUCUUGGUCAUCUUCAAAAAGUUCAGGAUUUCAUACGACGAAAUAAUCAAUGAUCUGUGCACGGCACUGAGUGUUCAACAACUUUACAAAAUAUGCACGCAGUACUGGGAUGACAAAUAUAAUACUGAAAGUGUAUCGGAAGAGGUCCUAAAUGAGAUGAAAACAUUGAUGAAUGGAAAGGAUGCUUCGGAUGGUACCUUGAAAUCAUUGAUGAAUGAAAAGGAUGCUUCGGAUGGUACCUUUUUAUUAAAUGAGGAGAUAAGCAUGCCGUUAUCAUUGGAGGAGAUAGGCGAUUCAAUGGAUGCCAAGGAAUUUCAGAAUGUGGUUCCACCUCAACAACUCCUUGACAACCCCGCGUUCCAAUUCUUGAAGAGCUGAUAUAUACUAUAUUACGGUCCAGCUAGCAAUCGCUGUAAAUUAGUGUAGGUUUCCAACAUGUUAUUUUUAGUAUAGCGAUCUCUAGGCCGGUUGGGUUGGGUUGGUGGUGUGUAAGGUGCACCCACAUUCUUUAUAGGCAUCAUAUGCAGCUGACAUUGUUUCUUUGUGUAAGUAAGGUAUUUAAUUACUAGGUACUGUACACGUAGGGGGAUCAUAGAAUAGAGAGAGAGAGAGUCAUAUGUACUACUAAAACUAGCUGACGAGUAAUUUGUAGUUUGUACACACAGACAAAUAGUCCCGAUGGAUGAUAUAUGAUGAAUGCAUCAUGUGAAUAUAUAUAUACGUACAUACA